AUGUUGUGGGAAGCCUUAUUCCUCGGCUCGAUUUUGCUAUAUUUAUUKUAUCGUUGGGCCACAGCGAAUUUCGACUUUUUCGAAAAGCGUGGAAUACCGUACGACAAACCGUUUCCGGUGUUUGGCAGUUUAACCCAAAUUACCCUGCGUCGGAGCUCCAUAUUUUAUACCAUCAAAGAUCUCUAUAACAAGCACAAAGGCAGCGUUUAUGGCAUAUUUUUCCAGACGACACCCAUAUACCUUAUACGAGAUCCCGAAAUUUUGCGUAAAAUUACGGUCAAAGACUUUGAUCAUUUCGUAAAUCAUCGCGACUUUUUCGGUGACAGUCCAUAUGAUCUCUUCAGUAACUCCUUGAUCCAAUUGAAGGAUGAMAAGUGGAAAGAUAUGCGUAGCACCCUCAGUCCUGCUUUUACCGGCAGCCGACUUCGGCAAAUGUUCGAUUUAAUUAAUCAGGUUGCCGCGGAUAGUGCAAAAUAUCUGCAGCAAUUGCAAGUGGAAGCACAUGGUGAGGGUGUCGAGUUGGAGUUAAAGGACUAUGCGACACGUUUCGCCACCGACGUCAUUGCGUCAACGGCGUUUGGACUGCAAGUAAACUCUUUUGAAAAUAAAGAGAAUCAAUUUUAUAUGUUGGGAAAAAAGGCGACCACAUUCAAUUGGAAAUUGAAUUUAAGGUUCACACUUUUCCUGCACUUCCAGAGUCUAAUGAARUUGCUAAAAGUGGAGCUCUUUGAUGCAAGCGUAACGACUUACUUCCGUUUCCUCGUGCUCGAUGCUUUGAAAUACCGCAAGGARCACAACAUYCGUCGCGCCGAUAUGAUUAACCUACUUAUGGAGGCUCGCGGCCUCUUUCCCUCUGACUCGCCAAAAUCACACAGUCGCGAUUGGACUGACACAGAAAUGAUAGCGCAGUGCUUCAUCUUCUUUUUCGCUGGCUUUGAAACGGUCUCGACUUCGAUUUGCUUCGCGACGCAAGAGCUAAUGGAGAAUCCGGAGGUGCAGGAGAAAGUGUAUCAGGAAAUUGCGGAAGUCAACGAACGCCUUGAGGGGAAACAGGUGACCUAUGAGGCYUUGCAGGGCAUGAAAUACUUAGAUAUGGUUAUGAGUGAAACAUUACGGAAGUGGCCAGGCGCCGUUAAUCUGGAUCGGAAGUGUACGAAAGAUUUUGUGUUCGAAGCAGACGGUAAACGCAUUGAAAUAAAGAAGGGUSAGACUAUUAUGAUACCCGUGGUGGGUCUACAACAUGAUCCUCAAUACUUUCCGMAUCCGGAAAAGUUCGAUCCCGAACGUUUUAGCAGUGCGAAUAAARACAAAAUCAAGCCGUUUACUUAUAUGCCCUUCGGAGAAGGCCCCAGAAAUUGCAUUGGUUCUCGUUUCGCACUUUUAGAAGCAAAGGCAAUAUUGUAUUAUUUGGUGCGYGACUUUCACAUUGUCCCAGGCAAGAAGUCAACGAUACCUAUUGUGUUGGGUAACAGUGGCUUUCAGGUGGCGCCAAAGAACGGUUACUGGGUCAAGCUAACUAGUCGGAGCAAAAAAUAAAUGUAAUAAGCAAUUGAAUUAAAUUUGGAAAAUAUACUGCUGGGGCCUUUAUAAAA